AGAAGAAACGCGACUUCUCGAAAAAUCAGUGCUGCAGCCGCAAAAAACCACUAAACCCUUGCAAUGAAAGUUAAAUCAUCAACAGAAAUUCUCUACUAAUUUCGGAAUUCUGCAAAAAAAAAGGAGAUUUUUUGGCCUCACAUUGUUACAGAUUAAUGGCUUUCAGGCGUAGCGUGACUGCGCGCGCCAGUUUUCUGUAUCACCAGCAACGAGUCGCCGUUCCAUUCUCGCAUAUCGAUCGCAACAACGGCGACCGCGAAAAUCUGCCUCGUCAUAACGCUAAUUACAAUGGCCCGUUUGUUGCCGGACCAAAGUUAGGGAGUUUUUAUGGAUCGAGGAAUCCGUUCCGAGAUCGGAGAUUUGCGAUUCCAGCUACUGUGAGAAAAAUGUCGACAGCGCCGGGUGUGUUGGGAGAGACGGCUGCACAGGUAUCUCCGGUGGCUGACUCGUCCUCGCCGAUGGCUGCAAUACAAUACAUGAUUGAUUAUGUGCACACUUUUACAGGGUUGAAUUGGUGGACAUCCAUUGUUGUGACCACUAUUUUGUUCCGUACGCUUAUACUUCCUUUCUCAAUACAUUACACUAAAUCUGCGUCAAAAUUCACUCUUAUAAGGCCACAGUUGGAAGGGAUUGUGAAACAAGUGAAGAGUAAGGGUAUGACUCCUGCUGCUGUACAUGAAGGCCGGGUCCAAAAGUCAAAACUAUAUGAUACAUAUGGUGUCACACCGUUCACCCCUGUAAAGGGAAUUCUAGUUGGCGGACCUGUCUUUUUCUGUUUCUGCUUCGCAAUCAACAAUAUGGCACAAAAUGUUCAAUCUUUCAAGGAGGGAGGAGCAUUCUGGUUUACUGAUUUGACUACUCCGGAUGCAAUGUAUAUUUUGCCAGUUUUGACGGCGGUGACAUUUUGCAAAACAGUCGAGCACAACGCUCAACAAGGUUUGGAAGGCGAUCCAACUGCCAAGAACAGCUCUAGAAUCAUUGCAGUAUUAUCGAUCCCUAUCAUUGCUCAGUUCCCGAAGGCUAUGUUUUGUUACUGGAUUACAUCAAACCUGUAUACCAUCGCUUAUGAAUUGGUGAUAAAGAAGCCUAAGGUGAAGCAGAUGUUGGGAAUACCGGAUCUUCCACCACCAUCGACUAAUCAGGAACCUCUCCCCUCGUUUUCUGAUUUGUUAAAGAAUGUAGUUCACCAGCUGCAGCUAAUAGGUCUUUUUCCUCCAACACCAGAGCAGCCUCGAUCACCACUGCCAGAGCAGUCUUUAUCACCACCUCCUGCUAAUGAAUCGUCGAAGCCAGUAAAUCGAAAAUUGAAUUCAGUGCCAUCAUCGGCACCCAGCCAGCGGAUUAAGAACUUAGAUAAAGAGGUCAAGGGAAGGAAGAAAGGGAACAAAAGAUCUUCCGGAUGAUGGAAAAUUAGUAGAAUUAGAUGACUAAACAAAUAAAGUUAUUUAGAGCAUGCAAAUUUGAUAUCGUUCUUAGUAGUUCAUUAGAUUUUGGAUUAAAAAUGAAGUUAGUCGAAACUUAGCAGAGUUUUUGAACUUCUCUCUAGAUGAGUUAGGAUAUGAGAUUGAACGUUUUGGCAUCGUCUGAUAGAUGACUUAACUUCUUCUGUUUACAAA